UUAAUAGACUGCUCUUCACGAGAUUCUGCUCUCUCUCUCUCUCUCUCUCUCAGCUCCCAUCUCUCAUCACCUCUUCAUUCUCUCUCGUCGUUGCUUUCACGUCUGCGGUCUGUCGGCGAUUUCAGAGAUAUACGAAUGAAUCAAACCUCUCUGAUGUAAAUGACCUCAUAAUACUCCCUCUUUCUCUCUCUAUACAUCUAUCUAUAUGUAAAUAUAUAUAUAUAUAUAUAUAUAUAUAUGUAUGUGGUCCAGUCUUCUGAGGACGAUCAUCCAUCGCACAUCUUCGAAUUAGACUUGCGCUUACUGAUGCUGUACAACUCCUCGGACCUUUUCUAUUUACGAACUUACCGUCUCUCUCUUUUAGUUCGAUGAACAGAAUGUCGCAAUGUCUUCUAACUCUUUUUCUGCUCUCCUUAUCCUGCCUUUUUGUUGCUAUUACUGCAAGCUCUGGCGACACCGAUCCGAUUUACAUAUCUUGUGUUGAACAAUGCAAGAAAACAGGAUGUGUGGGGGAGAAAUGCUUCCAACACUGUAAAUUCUCCCCUGAGGGAAAACCUAUAGAUGAUGGUCCCUGGUAUGUGCAAGAACCUCUCUAUCAGAGAUGGAAGCAUUGGGACUGCCAAGGUGACUGCAGGUACCAUUGUAUGAUUGUUCGAGAGUCAGAACGGAAGGCACUUGGCGAUGCACCCAUUAAAUAUCACGGGAAAUGGCCAUUCAAGCAUGUUUAUGGUAUCCAGGAACCAGUUUCUGUGGCUCUAUCUGCUCUUAGUCUUGCUAUUCAAUUCCAUGGUUGGGUGUCAUUCUUCAUCCUCAUCAAUUAUAAGUUGCCUGCGAGGCCAGAUAAAAAGUCAUAUUAUGAAUUCACUGGCUUGUUGCACAUAUAUGGAAUUAUAGCAAUGAAUGCUUGGUUCUGGAGUACAGUUUUCCACAGCCGAGAUGUGGGGCUUACAGAGAAGUUGGACUAUUCAUCGGCUGUAGCAUUACUCGGAUAUUCCCUCAUAUUUUCCAUAGUGAGAGCUUUCAAUAUGAGAGACGAGGCCACAAGAGUAAUGGUGGCUGCUCCAUUGGUUGCGUUUGUAACUACUCACAUCCUCUACUUGAACUUGUAUCAGCUUGAUACUGAUCUGCAUACGAAAGUAUGUCUGGCAAUUGGAACAAUACAGUUCAUGAUAUGGGCAACAUGGGCGAGUCUGACGCAUUCCCCAUCGCGAUGGAAACUGUGGGGAGUUGUGAUUGGAAGCUUUCUUUCAUUGUUAUUCGAGGUUUAUGAUUUCCCUCCAUACUUGGGAUAUGUUGAUGGCCAUGCUCUUUGGCAUUUAACAGCAGUCCCUGUUUCAUACCUAUUUUGGAGUUUCUUCAGAGAUGAUGCCGAGUUUAGAACUGCCACCUUAUUAAAGAAGGCAAAAUAGGAUAAUCUUGGAUAUCUCCCACUAUUUUAUAAACAUAUAUAUAAUAGAUAUUUAUAUAUAUUUUUUAUUUGGGGUGGUUUUUUUUUCUCUUCAUGGCUAAGUGUCUCUACUGCAAGAAGAUGCUUAUUGUCAUGAAGAGUUUCUUGCUUUGUUGAUUUUUAUUACUGGUAGGACAUUAUAUAUGGCUUGUUUGUUCUUUAUAUAUGAUAGUGUUGUUUCAAUGUAAUAAUAGUGCAUCUUUCUUA